AUGGAGAAUAAGCUGAUCGAAGUUCUUUUCCAUGAAAACAGCGGUUUAAAAAUCUAUCAUCAACAAAAAUUAGCAAACACCCUUGGGAUGCACGAGUUGUUUGUGAGACUGAGCGAACGAAACCUGGAAGAUGUUGCUGACGAGAUUUUAACCUCAGAAGAAAUCAAAAAGGAAAAGCUCAUAAAUUCGUUGGUGACCAUAGUAGGUAUAAUGCCGUGGAAUGUACUGUUGUUCGCCAGAUUGAUAAAGCUAAUCAAAAUAGAUGGGGAAAUUGUAAAAAUGUUGGGUCAAGAAUUGGAGAAACAGAUAUGUGAAAGUGUUGAACAGAAAAAAAUCGUUGCUUACCUGUCAUUUUUGAGAUUGUUGUAUGUUCUUGAGUAUCUUAAUGUCUUUGAAAGCAAUAUUACCACGGCUAUUGACCUGGUAAAUGAGAGCGUAAGGAGCAUUAUUUUUGAUUGCAAGGGUAUCGAUAGAAACAAGUUGCUGGUGAAAAAGGAAGAUGAAAGCAUUGAAAUGGGUGUUCAGAUAAAAGUAGACAGUCUUUUUAUUGCGGAGGUAGGUAAAUACAUUGAAACUUUUGCGCAAACAGCGAAGAAGGUGGGGAUGAUUGAUAAUGACUCGAUUGGAGACGUAUUUAUGGCUCGGUAUUUGGUAGAGAGUAUUAAUUUUGACAAACAUGAGUGUUGCAUGCAGAUUAACUGCUACUUUGAUGAAAAUAACUAUCACGAGCUGAUAAUCGGCAUACUGUCCGCCAGAGAGGCAACACCGGACAAUUCUAUUUUUUUCAGAUUUGUUCUCGUCUCAUUGGGUAAACAUAGGGGAUUUCUUUCUGUAUUCUACAAAUUUCUGUUAUCUAUAAACAAAAACAAGUUUUUGUACUCGGUGCUUGCCUUAAUUUAUGAGACUUACUACGCGGUGCCGCCGAAAAAUCAAUCCUACACCAGCUAUCAUUACCAACCACAGCUUAACGAAGCAGAAAUUGAUACUUUCAAGUCAUUUAUUGACGAAAGCCUUGCUAUUGAGAUGAUAAAGUACAGCAAUUUGCAGUUUCUGAGAAACUUUCUGCCAGAGAAUUGCUUUCAUUUGAUGCCUGAAGAGAAGAAUUUUGAAAAUAUUAGGCUGAAGCGAAUGGCUGAUGACGAUGACAUGGAGAGUGUCAAAAAGAUGAGCAAAAACGAUUUUUUUGAGCAAUUCUGUAAAAUUUCAUAUCCUUCUGUAUCGCAUUUCCUCAUUUAUUUAGAAACAUUUGCUAUAUAUUUUAACCUGAGCCAAGAGGAACAAAGAGCAUUUUUGAACAUCUUCUACCAAAUAAAUGAGAACAAGUUCUCGUACCUUGAGCAUAUUGGUAAGAAAUUGCUGUUGUUUAAAGUUAUUGAUCAGAGUGUUGCAGAUGAAUAUCCCAAAAUAUUUCAUUAAAUUCUCCAGUUUGGUAA